AUGGACAUUCCGCGACUUGCGCCUCCUUCGAUUAACGUGUAUGACUUCAACAGUGGUAGUUACGACCACCAGCAUUCCCCCGCCAGAUCGCCUUGUAACAUGCCCGGGCAAUCGUUUUCGGGACCUAUGCCUAUUCCAACGAGUUCAAUGAGCAAUCUCGCUCCUCCGCCUUUACCACCACCACCCCGAAUCAGUGACCUUGAGGACGGCUACGACGCUGGCUGGCUGCAUGCAAAUGUUAGAGGACCACACAAACUUGCUCCGAUAAAUCCCAACUCUAGUCUUUUUGGCGGUCACCGUCGCCCGGAAGCUUCGCCUCAGAGUGAUAGAAUGGCUAUCGACGAGUUAGAUGGUCGACAAAGCGGUUUACCUUUCUCUAGGAGUCCCGAGGCCCACAUCAGAAUUGAACCCCCACCACCAAUGGAUGAAGGGUUCCGGAACGCCAUUUCAGUCAACAGUCCCAGCCCGAUUCUGAAGGGGGAGAGAGACUUCUCUCGACGAAGCGUGAAGGAUUCAUCAGAUGCCUACGACCAACACCUUUUGUCGAAAAUAGGAAAACCGCUUUCUCCACGACAGUCUAUCAGCUCUGGUAGCGAGAACAAGGGCUUACUUUCAACCCUCACUAUACCCUCGAGGACUUUUGGUGGCCUCCCUUCUCCCGGUGGUUCCGAGGGGUCUAGUCUUGAUGUCAGGUGGCCGAGUAGCUACCAGUCGGGUGGGAUAUCGCCUGGGACCAAGAUUGGCUGGAAAGAUUAUGUCGGAGGGCGAAGUCCAAGCGUUGAGAGUAGUGCCCCAUCGUCUGCGGUGGACUAUGACCAACCAGGGUACAUGCGCGACCUGUCGCGCCGUCGUGGCGGUGGAACGACUCCCCUAUACGACGAAACUACCAGUCUGCCCAGUCGAUCAAACCGAGGAAGCUACGACCAAGGCGUCUUCUCUGACAUAGAAGGCGAAUUCUCAACUGACGAAUCGCUUCCCCCUCGAAUCUUCAAUGUCCGACAAGCAACGCCACCUUAUUUGGAAGCUACCAAGCCAGGCACGAAGCGGAGAGCGUCCUCUCCUCCCCGUGAGCCGAUUGUUGGCGAUAGACAUGUUCUUAACGUGGCCACGAGUAAUGGGGACCUCUCCCAGCGACGGACAAGUGGCCAUCCAUUUGGCAACUCUCUAUCGGUCAAUGUUCCUUAUGCGCCCAGUCACGGAAGCCUCUCAGCUGCUUCAUCCUUGAGCCUACGAACCUCUGGGUCUUACUCCUCGACGGCCUUCUCUCUAGGGGGAAGCAGCAUGACGAGCUAUGAUCGCUCACCCGGGGGACUGUCUCCCAAUUCCGACCUUGACACCUUCCAUGAUAAGUCGAUUCUCAACCCUAGUUCUCCCGUGAAUCUCCCGGGCCCGUCCAUCUCGAGAAAUCCCCCAAGUACCGGCACCUUGGAACCAUCUAGCGUCGACACUGCUCGGAAAGUAUCCAUGCAAACGACACUUGCCCUGCCAAAGCCUGCAGGGCCGAAAAUGGGCGGACUGUAUAUUUGCGAUUGUUGUCCUAAGAAGCCCAAAAAGUUCGACAGUCCAGAGGAACUUCGUGCCCAUGAGAUGGAGAAGCAGUACUCAUGCUUAUACUGCAACAAUCGCUUCAAGAACAAGAACGAGGCAGAGCGUCAUCAGAAUUCCCUCCACUUGCGGCGUCACUCUUGGUCUUGCGCAGCCCUUCCUGGAUAUCAAGCAGCGUUCCAUCCCUCGUCUUCUUCAGCCCAAACGAGCUCUGGGCCUUCCCACGACAUUUGCGGGUACUGUGGUGAAGAGUUCCCGAAUUUCCCACAGCCAGACUGGGACCGCAGAUUCGAGCAUCUUACAGCAGUGCACAAGUUUGGAGAGUGCAACAAUGCGAAGAAGUUCUAUCGUGCCGACCAUUUCCGACAGCAUCUGAAACAUAGCCAUGCUGGUACGAGCGGGAAGUGGACCAACAUAUUGGAGAACGCUUGCAUGAAGGAAGAAGCACCUCCCGAGCCCAAGAAUGGCAGUGGCAACGGAAGUGGGACGCUUGCAUCAAAUAAGAUCAACGAGGUCCUCAGUGGUUGCUGA